GAGCCUGGAGGGGGUUAGAUGGGAUGGACACUAAAGGUAGCUCUCUGCCUUCGAUGCCCGAACCAGCCAACCCGAUCAGCAUGAAGCAGCCGCCAGAGUCCCUUAGUGUACGGAAAGGUCGGGGGGACAUGAGCAGUGACCCUGCUCUGCUAAUGGACAAAGCUGCUGCCCAGCUGGCCGCCACACUACAAGACGGCGUCCUUCAGACGAUGGCCGGCCACAGUCAUAACAACCACAGCCACGAGAGGCUCAAAGACCUCACCUCCCGUGUGCUGAAUGGGGACCAAGACGCGCUGCCCAAGCUCUGCGCUCCAGAGCCACCCAUGCUGAAAGGUGCUGAAGCCCCUGCUACGAAUGGCACCCAUCAGCACAAUUGCACUCCUCACACGGAACCUGAACUGAAGGUGACAAUACCCCAGGUGGUCAAGCAGCCGCUGUUUGAACCAUGCUGUGCCAAUGGGACCAGUUUGGCCACGGCCACUGAAGGUACUAUAUCUGGACCCGAGAAGAGACAGGAUGCGAAGAAGAGGAGGGGGAGACCUAACAAACCAAAACCUCAACCAAACCUCGGCUCCUCUGUCAUCGCUGUGGAGCAACUUGACCACACAAAUGCUGUAGAUGGAGCUGGAGCAGCAGAUGAGCCUGAUCUCACCACAGAGACGACGGAGGAGGCUGCGGAGGCUGUGGAGGCUGCAGAGGCGUGUCCUUUGCCAACCCGUUUCUCUGUUGGCGAUUUGGUGUGGACAAAGGUGUCAGGAUACCCCUGGUGGCCUUGCAUGGUGACCACAGACCCAGAGUUUAGCAAUCACUUCAAACCGAAACAGAAAACAGCCAACAGCAGGUCAGGCCUCCUUUACCAUGUGCAGUAUUUUGGAGAUGCCCCGGAGAGAGGCUACAUCUUUGAGAAGAACAUGGUGUCCUUCACUGGGGAGGAUCAAUACCAGGAGCUCAGCCAGGGCAACAAGCAGGCAGCCUCCCGCGUCAUCCACAAAAAGACUGCUCCAUCUGUACCCCGCAAACUCCAGGCACAGUGGAACAUGGGAGUCAUUCAGGCCAAGGAGGCGCUCAGCAUGUCGCUGGAUGAGCGCAUGGUGAACUUUGCAUUUCUGUACGAUGAUGACGGGCCUCACCUGAACCCCCACAUCCUGGAGAAGCUGAAGCCAAAACAGAGCGACAAGAUGAACCAGGAAACGGAGUCAAGACUGAGCCCUAGAUCUCCCCUCACUGCUGGUAGGCCCCGCUAACGACCCCUCAGCCGUUCCCCCCUCACUGUACCUCAGAAGAAAAAGAGAAGACCCAAACAGGCUCAGUCUCCCACCAAGACUGUGAGGAGAAGGAAAAAAUCUGCAACAGACAACUCCUCUGACCCCGUGAAGAAAAGGAAAUCAAAGCUGGUUUCUUCGACAGAUGAUGUUUCAGAGCCAGUCUCACUUCCAGUUUCAGUUCCAGUCAAGAGGGAGCGAAAGAAGACCUCUAAAAGGCAGCUAACAGACGCUGAAGCAGACAAGGACCAGCAGCCGAAAAAGAGACGCAAAAUGAGCAAAGAUGCUGAAAAACAGGCUUCGACUUCAGACGGAACAGUCAAAAAGCGGCGAUGGAGGAAGAAAACUGACGACGACGUGAAAGAAACCAAGAGACGACAGAAAAAGUCAAAAGAUCCUCUUACUGAUGACCAAGAUGCAGAGAAACCAAAGCGUAGGAGGAAAAGGAAACAGGAUGGAGAGAACCAGGCCACGCCUGCUAAGGCAAAGAAGAGGAGGUCCUCCCCGUGUCCUGAUCCUGAGGGUUCUGGGAGUGAAGGACGUCCUGAUUCUCCGAGUGACAGCUUAGACGGGACAAAGAAAGGUGAACGGAAGAAGGAGUUCGUCUGCCAGAUGUGCGAGCAGGCUGGUGAGGACUUGGUGCCCUGUGAAGGUCAAUGUUGUGGGAUGUUUCACCUCCACUGUCUCGGUCUGUCCCUCAAACCUGACGACAAGCUGCUGUGUCAGGAGUGCAGCACAGGAAUUCACUCGUGUUUCACCUGUAAGCAGUCGGAGGGCGAGGUGCGUCGCUGCCACGUCCCACACUGCGGCAAGUUCUACCACGAAGCGUGCGUCCGCCUCAACCCCCUCACGUUGUUCGACAACAAGGGCUUCCGCUGCCCGCUCCACACCUGCCUGAGCUGCCACUACGGCUGCCGCACCAAGCACAAAUCCACCAAGGGUAGGUUAAUGCGUUGCCUACGCUGCCCGGUAGCGUACCACGUCGGUGACCCGUGUGUGGCCGCGGGCAGCGAGAUGAUCACCAACACCGCCAUCAUCUGCACCAACCACUUCAACGCCAAGAAGGGCUACAGCCACCACAGUCACGUUAACGUCAGCUGGUGUUUCGUCUGCUCCAAAGGAGGGCAGCUGCUGUGUUGUGAGUCCUGUCCAGCAGCUUUUCACCCCGACUGCCUGAACAUCGCGAUGCCUGACGGGAGCUGGUUCUGCAACGACUGCAGAGCCGGAAAGAAACCCAAAUACAGAGACAUCAUCUGGGUCAAACUAGGAACAUACAGAUGGUGGCCUGCAGAGAUCCACCACCCGCGAAACAUACCCACCAACAUCCAGCACCUUCGCCAUGAGAUCGGAGAGUUUCCCGUCUUCUUCUUCGGCUCCAAGGAUUACUUCUGGACUCACCAGGGCCGAGUGUUUCCCUACAUGGAGGGAGACAGGGGCAGCAAGCAUCAGAGGACUGGCAUCGGCAAAGUUUUUAAGAACGCUCUGUUGGAGGCCGAAGCUCGGUUCAAGGAGAUAAAAAUGAAACGAGAGGCCAAGGAAGCGCAAGAGAACAGCCGGAAACCACCGCCGUACAAAUUUAUCAAGGUCAACAAACCAGUCGGCAAAGUUCAGGUCUACACCGCAGACAUUUCCGAGAUCCCCAAGUGUAACUGCAAACCGACAGACGAGAGGCCGUGUGGGUUCGAGUCCGAGUGUCUGAACCGUAUGCUUCAGUACGAGUGCCACCCUCAGGUGUGUCCCAGCGGGGAGCGCUGCUGUAAUCAGGACUUCACCAAACGCCUUUACCCAGAGACCAAGAUCAUCAAGACUCCCGGAAAAGGCUGGGGCCUGGUCUCCCUGCGGGACAUCAAGAAGGGCGAGUUUGUGAACGAAUACAUCGGAGAGCUGAUCGAUGAGGAGGAGUGCAGGGCGAGGAUUAAGUACGCCCAAGAAAACAACAUCACGGACUUCUACAUGCUCACCAUCGACAAGGAUCGAAUCAUCGAUGCUGGUCCAAAAGGAAACUACUCUCGCUUCAUGAACCACAGCUGUCAGCCCAACUGUGAGACGCAGAAGUGGACGGUGAACGGCGACACCCGGGUCGGCCUGUUCGCCGUCUGUGACAUCCCAGCAGGGACUGAGCUGACCUUUAACUACAACCUGGACUGCCUCGGCAACGAGAAGACCGUCUGUCGCUGCGGCGCCCCGAACUGCAGCGGUUUUCUCGGUGAUCGUCCUAAGAACUCAAACGGCCAAACAGCCGAUCCCAAAGGGAAGAGGUUGAAGAGAAAGUACAAAAAGAGGAAAAGCGAGGGAAAGAAAAAGUCGGAGGACGAGUGUUUCCGCUGUGGAGACGGAGGGCAGCUGGUGCUCUGUGACAAGAAAACCUGCACCAAAGCUUAUCACCUGUCCUGCCUGAACCUCACCAAGAGACCCUUCGGCCGCUGGGACUGCCCCUGGCACCACUGUGACGUCUGCGGGAAAAACUCUGAGGCUUUCUGCCAGCUCUGCCCCAACUCCUUCUGCAAGGCUCACCAGGAGGGGGCGCUGCGCCCCUGGCCUCCCACGGGACAGCUGUGCUGUCUGGAGCACGACGAGCUGGAGGGGACGGACAGCCAGGAUCAGGACGUCAACCUGGAGACGACCGCACCGACCGCCACUACUGCCGCCAUCGCCGGCCGUCCUCCCAAAGGCUCCAGGAAGGCAGAAGGAGCCGAGGCCAAAACAAAGGGCUCUAAGAGGAAAGCAGCGGAGGCCUAAAGUGACCUUUGACCCCCCACCCACCUCCUCAGAGAGCCAAAACACCAAACUAGACUCUGACACCUGCUUCCUCCCGUUCAUGAACAAAUAUGAACCCCUCGUAAUAAUUUCUUCAGGAUCACAGAAACCAAGGCACUGUACAUCUUCGUCAUCAGGGAAAGCCGCUGAUCUCUCACAUGCUCGGCAACGACCUCUAGCUCGCCGCUCAGACUUUUCUUGUUUUUAUUUUAUUUUAUUUUUUUAAAUAACAUUUUCAGGUUUGUUUUUACUUGUCUGCACUGAGGCGAACCAUCUGUGGUAAAGCACAAAACAGCAGAGCGAGCGCAGGUCAGGAAACUUUGGCUUGUGGAUCCUAACUCUUCAUUCUUCUUCCACCAACCAGACUGCCUUUUGUUUUGUUUUGUUUUGUUUUGUUUGUUUUACUGUUGUCUUUGUUUUUUGAUUAUUUGAUUUUUAAAAUAACAAAAGAAACCAGUGGGUUUCUGCAGAAACAAACUGAACCAGCCUGAAGUAAUGCUGAGCGGCAGCGUCACUGUCUGCUAACUUGAAUCUCAGUCACCUCCCACCCCCUCACUCAACACGGAUGAUCUUGAACAGCAGAGUUUUAUAGCUAUAUCUAUAUAUGUGUAUAUCAAAGACCAAAAUUAUGAUUACUGGAAUAGUGUAAGACAUCAAACAGGUUGCCAAAUGGAUUGUUUUUAUUUUUAUAUAUAGUAUAUAUAUGCCAGAUGUAAUAUCAAACACCAAGACACUAUGGAUAGGCCUCAGAUGACCUCUUUACUUUGAUUUCGUAGCCAUAGGUUACAUUUAACUGUAGACAUGUUUGCUAUUUUACAACCUGUUAUUUUUGUUUUAGCUCAGUUUUACGUUUUAGAAUUUUUUUUUUUUUUUUUUUAUCAGGAUGCUGAACAAUGGCGCUACAAACCGUUUAUCUACCUGCCCGUCUGUCCAGAGAAUGAGGGAUUAACAGAAAGUAUUAAACCCAGGAGAACGCUCUUAAAACUGCCGUCUGACAUAAAAACACUACUGGGAGGUUUAAAGGGCUUUGACACACUCUGAGUAAAAACCAGAUAAAUGAAGGAAUGGCAGCGAUUCUCUUGAACCUUUUUCUAAGUUUAAGUGUUGAGUCUUAACCUUAAGGUGCUGUUUGUUUGUGUUUUCCACUGAAGUAUCUGAAAUCUGAGGUACAAAGAUUUUUCUUUAACGUAUAAACACACAUCAUGCUGUUUGGAAUCUGAAGGCCUUUCAGUGUCACUAGCCGUUGCUUGUCAUUGGUGAUAAAGUCAUCUGUAGUUGAGGGUUUGAAACGAAGACCUCAGCUUUUUUUUUUUAAAUUCCUCUGGAGGUUUUUAGUCUGAAAACUGCUUCCUGCCUGUUGUUUAAUACUUUAACAUGAGCUAACGGCACACUGGCUAACACCUUGUGACUCAAAAUUUCCCUAAACCUUUCAUGUCCUCACUUGACAAAGCAUUAUAAGGACUGAGGCUUGAGACAACUACAGAGCACUGUGGCCAUUUUCAGACGUUAGACUCAGCUCUGUGCUGUUUUCUUAGAGCUCCAGCUGCACUUAAUUCUCAGCUGUACAUUUAUAGAAAAACCACCAGAGUUACUAACCUCAGACUUUCUAUGUAAUCACUCAAAAAGCUGAACUGCGUGUGCAUGUAAUAGGAGCUGCUUAACUCUCUUAGGUUACCAACUUAUCAAUCAGCACAUGUAUUUGAAAGUGAUGGAGACUGGCUGGAAACCAGCUCCACCUUCUUCAGUCUGACAAAACGAGAAUUAGAACAUUUCACAGAUCUGAAAAUUCAAAAAAAGAAAAAAAAAAAAAGAAGAAAUUAUUUUGAGCAGCAAAAUUAAAGUGACCCUUAAGGUUCAUCUCAUGAUUCUUUGUGAGGGUGCUAGCGUGUCCCAUCUUCAGACGCCAUCAGUGCAUACAUCUGGAAAAGAUGAGCUUAAAGUUGAUUAAACUGGAGCUGUUACAGUAACACCAAGCUGAGUCUGGAAUGUUCUAAAAUGGCCACCGUACUUGGAGCUUUGAAACCAUCUUAAAUCAUGGUCGGCUCGGGUGACAAGAACACAAAAGCUGAGUAUUGUAUGUUUCUCAAAUAAUUGUUUUUGACUGAAUCUGUUACAUUUAAGAGUUAAUAUCACCAGUCUCUGUUUUUUUGGUUGGUUGAGAUUGUUCCACUAAUACUGAGGCUACAGACGUUUCUUGUGCCUUUAAUUUCAUAUUUAACAUUGACAAAAACAAGUGUAGGACUAUUUCAUCUCGAAUCCAGGCGUUGUUUUAUCUGAAAGCCACUCUUUUUCUCUCUUUUUGAGAUCUGUAAAACAUCUCCAAAAACCAGUUUUGACUUGUACAGACACGACAUGAGGCUGUUUUUGUAACUGCACCUUUUUGGUUUAUUUUUGUUUUCAUUUUUCCCAGGGCAUGUGAAUGGGACAUGUCCACAGGUGCAGCAAAGUUAUGAGUAUCCUGCAACUUUCUACAUUACGAUCUUCAUCCUAACCUUGAUUUGUGUUGAGUGAAUGUAGUCCAGCCAGUUAUUUUUGUAAGCACUGUAAUUCCCUGUAGAGCUGAAGUGUAAUGUGUGCGUAGGGGUUUCAUUCUGUAACUACUGUCAUAGUAAACCAGAGACUAAUAUGUACAUAAUGUAUAAGUGGUAAUAGUGAUGCAUCUAUUGUAAAUAUCAUACAAUUUCUCUGACAUUGUAUGUUUUUGUUUUUUUUUCUUGCUGCAGUGCUGAAACACUUUUUUGUGCAGGUUCUCACAUCUGUUGAAUCGUGCAAUAAAAAGUGAUCGAACAUGCA